GGACAUCUACGUCACAGAGAGAGAGUUUAUAAGCCGCGGGAAACCUUUCGGCGCUGAGACAGCCCUGAGAAGCCCACAAAAGCAACUGUUAGAGCGGAUAGGGAAACACUAGACCUCCCUAAACAUCACGCCAAAAGUCAAAAGUCAAUAAAACAUCAAAUCCAAAAAAGGGUUAGAACCCGACUGGAGAAAUAGUGUAUUAUAUAUACAUAUAUAUAUAAAUUAAGUUUUAUGUAUUUAUUCAUUUUUGCAAAUGAGUAAAAAGGACACUUUUGAUUUUUUCUAAAAAAGCAAAAAAAGUGGAUUUUUUGCUCAUCUCUAGGAGAAACGGAAAACUAAAAGGACGAGUGGAGCACAAGAGCGCAGCAUCUUCCCCCGGCAUCAUCAGACGUGAGGUGUGCAAGCUCUUCCCACCUACCUGCAACUCUUCCUCAGCCACCAGCCUCCAAGCCUCCAGCAGAAGCUCCGGCAGCAGCACCAGGAGAGAGGAUGGCUGCAGCCAAGACCGAGAUGAUCCUCCCAGCCCUGCAGAUCUCUGAGCCCCUGAGCUUCCCUCACUCCCCCAUGGAUAACAACUACCCCAAGCUGGAGGAGGUGAUGAUGCUCACUUCGGCGGGGACACCGUUCCUCACAGCUUCCGCGCCGGAAGGUGCAGGCUUCGGUUCCGGCGAACCAGGAGAGCAGUAUGACCAUCUUGCUGGAGACACGCUCCCUGACAUCCCCUUCAACUGUGAGAAGUCCGUCGGGGACCAAACAUACCCCACCCCAAGACUGCCCCCUAUUUCCUACACGGGCCGCUUCACCCUCGAACCCGCCACCACCUGCAGCAACAGCCUGUGGGCGGAGCCAAUUUUGGGCCUGUUCACCGGUCUGGUGGGGAACAUUCCCGCGAGUUCCAGCUCCUCGUCCGUGACCUCGCAGAGCACCUCGUCGAGCACAUCAUCGACAUCCGCUUCUUCCCCGUCUUCGAGCUCCUCAUCAUCGCAGAGCUCCUCGAUUCACCACAGCGAGCCCAACCCCAUUUACUCCGCCGCGCCGACUUACUCGAACCCCAACUCAGAUAUCUUCCCCGAUCAGGUCCAAGCCUUUACCGGUUCCGGUGGAAGCGCACAAUACCCUCCUCCUGCUUAUCCUAACGGGAAAACCUGCAGCACGAGCUUCCCUGUUCCCAUGAUUCCCGACUACUUAUUCCCGCAACAGCAGGGAGAAAUCAGCCUGGUCCCCCCUGAUCAGAAACCGUUCCAGACUCAGUCAAGCCAGCCCUCCCUCACUCCUCUUUCCACCAUUAAGGCCUUUGCGACUCAAACGGGUUCUCAAGAUCUAAAAAGCGUCUAUCAGUCUCAGCUGAUCAAACCCAGCCGCAUGCGCAAGUACCCGACUCGCCCGAGUAAGACCCCGCCGCACGAGAGGCCCUACGCUUGCCCGGUCGAGACCUGCGACCGCCGUUUCUCCCGCUCCGAUGAACUGACACGGCAUAUUCGAAUCCACACCGGUCAGAAACCGUUCCAGUGCCGUAUCUGCAUGCGUAAUUUCAGUCGUAGCGACCAUCUCACGACGCAUAUUCGCACUCACACGGGCGAGAAGCCAUUUGCGUGCGAGAUAUGCGGGCGUAAGUUUGCUCGCAGCGACGAGAGAAAACGACACACGAAGAUUCAUCUCCGGCAGAAGGACAAGAAAGCCGACAAAACGGCGUCCGGGGCGGUACCCGUGACGGCGUCGGCGUCGGUCGCCUCGCCUGCGUCAAGCUACCCCUCGCCCAUCACCUCGUACCCGUCCCCGGUGUCUUCUUACCCGUCUCCGGUCACAUCCUGCUACUCUUCUCCUGCUCACACUUCUUAUCCAUCUCCUUCCAUUGCUACCACGUAUCCUUCAGUGUCCAUGUCCAGCACCUUCCAAUCCCAGGUAGCUUCUCCUUUUCCUUCUUCGGUGGUCUCCAACAUCUACAGCUCCCCUGUUCCUACCCCGUUAUCAGACCUGCAAACCACUCUUUCUCCAAGGACAAUUGAAAUAUGUUAGAUUUCCUUCCAUAAGAGUAUUCCAGGAAAAGGAACAUCAGCAUCAAAAGACUCUUUUGAAUAAAAAAAAAAAAGAAGCACUUUUAUGACGGCUCUCAGCAAUGGUGGGUCAAUCCUGAGAUGUAUCCACAUGUCAAGGACUGGGCAAGGUUUUUUUUUUUUUUUUUUUUUUUCUUUUCUUUCUCCUCCAGCUCUGAAAAAAAAACAGAUGCAGCACUUAAAGGACUUAAAAAUGAUGGCUCUCUUCCAUCACGUAUACAGAGAAAGUGAAGAUUGCCCAGCAGCUGCGACACGUUCAAGCGACGUCGUUCGUCGCCAUUGUCUCGGCGAUGCAUACAGUACAAAAGACAAUAAUUAAUAUACAUAAACUACAAUAUAUGUAUAUUGUACAUGUGCCAUGUUUUUGUUUCAUUCUUUGGUAUUGAUGUGAACAAUGAUUUGCAUAUUUGUAUUAUUUGAAGUGAGCAAGGGGGCCAUAUUUUCUACAAAGAUUCUCUAUUAUGUAGUGAUGAUGCUGUGAUACAUUUUCUUUGGAAAAAGAAAAAAAAAAAAAAAAAAAAAGCACUUACGUAUUCAAGCAUGAGUAGGCGUGAUGUUAGUUUCUGUUUGUAAAUAUCAUCCACCGGUACUCUUUUUCUCUCUUUCUCACAUGUGACAUAUUGCUUAGUUAUAUGGAAAAAUAGAGAAAAGUAAAAGAAAAUAGCAUUUCCUCAAAAAAAAAAAAAUUUUUUUUUUUUUUUAAAAAAAAAAAAGGACAAUUGCUCCGUUAUUUGGUGCCUUUUGUGAAGCCUUGCUGAUGUUGCGAAUCUCGCCUUAAAAGACUAAGGGAAUAUUUUUGUUACAGAAUGUAAGUCAACAAUGAAGGGAAAAAAAAACGUUAUGUGAGGGCACUGCUUCAUUUCAUUAGAAUGUAAGCAAAAAAAAAAAAAAAAAAAUAAAGUAUAUUUUUAUAAAUGUGUAAAUAUCCACAUCUUUAAGAGCCGGAAUGUUGAAGUUACCUACUGAGUAGGCAUGGGAUUUUUUUUUGUUUGUUUUUUUUUGUAUGUUCUAUACAUGCAGUUCAUUAUUUUUGUUGUUAUCUUUAUUUUGUAUUUGUGUUUGUUAAAAACAAAGUGACUGUUCCUGGCUUCUGAACACAAUGAAUGCGCUUAACUGCCAAUGGGAUAUUUGGUGUACACGAUAUCCUCCCAGAAAUUAAAUAUAAAUAAAAAUGUGAAUAUAUGUCUAUUUGUU